CCCAUCUCUCAUCUCCAACUUCUACUGAGUAACUGCCAUUGCUAGAUUUUCAUAUCACACCAUCCACUGGGCCAGUCAAAAGAAUGCAAGAGGAAAACCUUGAAGCUUCCACGUCCAUUUCUCAGCUUCUGAGGGAGAGCUAUUUAGCCGAAGUCCGGAUACAUCAAGAACACGGCGAGAAAAGCAGGUCAGAAGCUACCUCUCAACAUUUCUAUUAUGGCAGUAAAUCUGGGGUUUCCCAGGAUUUAGAUGGUCAGGAUGAGUCCCCUGACCUGUCUGCAUUUUUGAGUCAGGAAGAAUUGGACAAAAGUGUCAAUUUAGCUCAGGAAGCAAUUGCCCAGUGUUCUGAUGAAGUGAAGAAAGAUGAAAAGCAGAUCAAUGUAACCUGUACCACCAAAGAUGUGUAUGACACUUUGAAACCUGCUGGGAACAGAAAAGUUUUAGAUUCUGCAGGUUCCUCAGAUUUCCCAGAAAAGCUGACCAGUCAACCGUACCACUGUGAGAAUUUCACCAAAAGACCCAGCAGCUCAAAAGAAAGUCACAGAGAAUUAAGAAAACAGACAAAGAACACCCCUUACUGUACUGAAGCAGAGGCUAAAAAGGAUUACUUAAGUAAAGCUGCAGAUUUUAUUGAGGAGUUAUCUUCACUUUUUAAAACAACAAGUACAAAACGGAUUAAACCUAGAACCUGUAAAAACUCACGAAACAGGGCGCAGACAAAGCUUGGCUCACAAGCUCAACAUUCAUCUUGGUCUGUCGACGAGAGGGAGAGAGUACAUGUACCAUUUUCGGCUCAGUUGAAUGACAAAAUCAUAACUAAAGAGGAAUCUGAAGCAAUAGCACAAGCUCCAGUUAUAUCAGCAGGUACUGAGACACUAACAACAGAAGCUAAAGCAACUGAAAUUCAAUCAAGACCUCUUUACAUUGAAGGUACUGAAGGAAAUCCACCACGAUUCAUUCAGCGAUUAAAGAGCAGGGAGGCAGCAGAGGGAAGCAAAGUCCAGCUCGAAUGCAUUGUGACAGGAUCACCAACACCAGAAGUAAGGUGGUAUUGUGAAGGAAAGGAGCUCAAGAAUUCACCUGAUAUUCAGAUUGGUUAUGACGGUAAUCAUUACACACUGACCAUUUCUGAGGCUUUUGAGGAGGAUACGGGACGCUACACUUGCUUGGCUUCAAAUAUAUAUGGAUCAGACACAACAUCUGCUGAACUGUAUAUAGAAGGACUCUCUUCAUCUGAAUCUGAGCAAGACUCUGUCCAGGAAGAUAUGACUCGGGUUCAGGAUAAGAUUGACAUUACUGUUGCAACUUCGCCUCCUCCCUCCAACCCUGCAACAGUUCAUUCAGAGUUUCACCAGUCACAACCUACAGUCAACCAGGCUCCAGUGCGACCUCUUCAGCAGAUACAAAGCCCAACAAAUUUAUUGCAGGGAUUGGAUGGACUCCCCCUCAUGGCUGCUCCAGUUUUUACAAAGCCAUUGCAAGAUGUGACAGCCAAAGAGGGGCAGCUGGUUGUGUUGGAAUGCCGAAUUAAAGGAUCACCAUUCCCAAAAAUCGAAUGGUACAGGGAGGAAACUUUAAUAGAAGAUUCUCCUGAUUUUCGAAUCCUGCAGAAAAAGCCACGUUCAAUGAGUGACUCAGAAGAGAUCUGCACCCUGGUAAUUGCUGAAGCUUUCUCUGAAGACUCUGGGAUGUUCACUUGUACAGCCAGCAACAAGUACGGCACAAUGUCGAGUUCUGCUCAACUCACUGUUCACGGAACUGAGGAUAAUAAUGCUGUCAGUACGAAUGCUUCAAGCUCUGUGACAGUUGAGGCCAAUGUGCCAGUCCAGCCAGACAAAACACACUUGCAACCUUCUGACCACUUGAAACCCAAACUGGAGGGUGUUCUUGUGAACCAUCAGGAUCACAAGCCCAAAGCUGGGCUAAGAGUGCAUUUCAAUUUGCCUGAAGAUGACACGGCAAGUGAGUCUUCAAUUGAACGGGAGCACAUUUCAGGAAAUGGACAGAAUUCCUGGGCUUCAGGGCUAAUUUCACCCACAAAGGAGCCACCACCAGUAUUUGCAAAACCAAAACUUGAUCCUGUCCAGUUGCGACAGCUACACAACCAGGUCCGACUUGAACAACAAGAAGCGACCCUACAACAAUUGCCACAGCAGUCUCCUACUAUGUCCUCCUCAUUGCCAACCUCCUUUCCAUCUACCAUGAAUCUUGUCAAUUCUGCUCCUCAACCAUCUGUGCAACCAAACCAAUCUAGCAGGUCACCAACUCCGAGAAACACCCAACCUCAGUCAUUCAAUUAUGCCCGGCCAAAGCAGUUUGUUGCUACUCAGAAUUUUAUGCCAGCGGCUGUCCAAAGUUAUUCCCCCUCACUUUCUCCUAUGCCCGUGCUGAACACAGUAUCUGAAAGAAAACAGUGUGGUGAAGAGAAUUACUUCGGAUUUCCACUCACACCAGCAUUUCAAGAUCCUGCUAAAUAUGCCAGUCAGAGUUUGCCAACCCCACUUUUACACAGUUCCUCCACCACAAGUGCUACAGGACAAUCCACUUCUUCCCCAGUUCCUCCUCUGCCAGUUUCCCAACCUCGGAUUGUAUCACCAACUUCCAUUAAUGCUGGUAACUCCUGCCCGAGUCCAGCUCAGAAUCCUGUGGCUUUCCUCAGCUCUGUACUGCCAUCAUUGCCCUCUGCACCAACUACUAAUGCCAUGGGUCUUCCCAAGAGUGCUCCAGCAAUCCCUCCACAGGGUAUCUUGAAGAAAGUGCCCAAAUCGCCUCGAACAUCCAUCGAUGAUGAUAUACGGGAUAGCAAGGAUGCUGUAAUACAUGACUUAGACAGAAAGUUACGCUUCAGAGAUGAUGUUUCUCAAACUGGGCAGCAGGAAUACAAGGUGUCCAACUUCGAGCAAAGACUCAUGAAUGAAAUUGAAUUUCGCUUGGAGAGAACUCCUGUGGAGGAAUCUGAUGAUGAAAUACAACAUGAGGAUAUUCCUACGGGGAAGUGCAUCGCACCAAUCUUUGAUAAGAAACUCAAACAUUUUCGAGUGGUUGAAGGAUCGCCAGUGACAAUGAGCUGCAAACUUGUGGGAAUACCAGUUCCAAAAGUAUACUGGUUUAAGGAUGGAAAACAGAUUUCCAAGAAGAAUGAGCAUUUUAAGAAGAAGCGUGAUGGUGAUGGUACAUGCUCACUGUAUAUUGAAUCAGCCACUAAUGAUGAUGACGGAAACUACACAGUUAUGGCCGUAAAUCCCCAGGGAAGAAACAGUUCCUCUGGUCAUCUCUUGGUACAGAAUACUCCAAUACGUGGCCGUAUAGUACCGUCAGUUCAGAGCAAAGGGACAAGGUCUCGUGUAUCCCAGGGAGAAGAACCUGUACAGGAGCGUUUCUUCUGUCCCCAUUUUCUUCAGGCUCCCGGUGACAUGAUUGCCCAUGAAGGUCAGAUUUGCCGAUUGGACUGCAAGGUGAGUGGGCUGCCAAAUCCUGACCUCAUGUGGCUGCUGAAUGGUAAACCGAUCCUGCCAGAUGCUACCCACAAGAUGCUCGUGCGUGAGAAUGGAAUUCACUCCCUCUUGAUUGAUCCCCUCACACCAGCAGAUGCAGGGACUUACACAUGCAUUGCAACAAACAAGGCAGGACAGAGUUCCUUUAGCUUGGAGCUGUCUAUUGUAGCAAAGGAAAUUACAAAGGCACCUGUAUUUAUCGAGAAACUGCGGAACACAGGAGUGCCAGAGGGCCACCCAGUCAGAAUAGAGUGCAGAGUAGUGGGCAUGCCACCUCCGAUGAUCUUCUGGAAGAAGGACAAUGAGACCAUCUCUCCCUACAAGGACAGGAUAAGCAUACAGCAGGAUACCACAGGCUAUGUCUGUCUCCUGAUUCAGCCAACCAAGAAGGAAGAUGCUGGAUGGUAUACUGUGUCAGCCAAAAAUGAAGCAGGAAUAGCAUCUUGUACAGCCAGAUUGGAUCUAUAUGCCCAGUGGCACCGGCACAUCACACAGCCAAUAAGGAAAGUGCGUCCUUCAGGCAAUCGAUAUGCAGCUCUUGCUGGCCAAGGACUUGACUUUAAAUCUGCCUUCCCGUCUGUGGACAACUUGCAGUUCCCAACCAAACAGGAUGUGAUGGAGAGCGAUGAACUGUGAAGUUAUUUCAGUGUGUUUGCUUUUGCAGGACUUAGAACUGUGAAGAUAAGAGAGGCCAAGUGAUUCAAGGUUUACAUGAAGUUGGUUUUCUAUGACCUUGGUGUUUUUGUGAAUGUUGCAAGUGACACAGUUAAAAGUGCUGAUUUUAAAUAGAGCGCAACGUCUGUAUACAAGCAAUAUGUAAUUCCUUGUCAGUGUAAUUGGACUGUUCAAGUUUAUGAAUACAAAUGCCAGUGAUGCCCCAGUUAAAUAGGAUGACAGCUGUUUAAUAAUCAUGCUAAAUUCGAUGACAGUCACCAACAAAUAUCACAUUUUUUGAAUGUCUGUUAUUUCUGUGUUUGUGGAGGUUUUCAAAAGCGUUGCGAUAAAGUGGUCAAAGUAUCAAUUGGCACAAUAUGAAUUGUUUGAUUUUCAUCUGCAACAGGAUGCUUUUCACUCAAAUGUGGCUUGCAAACAGCUCAGACAUGCUCCGCAAAUCCAUAGCAGAUUGAAUCGCCUGUGUUUCUUUAUUAUAAUCCAAACUGGUACAGUGCAACACGUUAUUUGUACCAAUUAACCAUUGACUGCAGUGGACAAAGUUACUCCAGGAUUUCUGUGUUUAUUUAUAACAAUGCAAGUGAAUCUGCUUUUGAUUGUUUAUUAAAAAGGUUGAUUUUCUUUCCUCAGAACUAGUUAGCCAGUAAUUUAUACUUUUAAGCAUAAAGUAGCUAAUCACAACGCAACUUCUAAUUGUGGGGCUCCCUGAAUAUACGUCACUAUUCACAUUGGCCAGGAUUUUGCAGUUGUAAUGGUGGCAAAACAGAAUUAUCUGCCAUUUCCUAGAGAAAUUGCAACAAGCUCUGAAGUCCUCAAAGCACAGUUAAAUUCAGAAGUUGCUACCAGUAAUCCCCUGUAUUUCCUCAGCAUGCACUGUUAACAAUCUUCACAGAUGGAACCCAAUUAGAAAUCACUGAAUUGGUGUGAACUUCCACUGUCUACAUAAUCAGUCUUUCUACAAAGACUCUGAAAGAGCUAUACCUUGUUAAGUGAUGUGUAAAUGAGUUUUCAAGGCUGCACUAAAUUCAUAAUUACUGCUGGUAAACAGGCUUUCUGGCCGCGAAAAUAAAUUUUAUAACUAUGUAAUGUCAAAUUUCUUUUUUCUCUAGAUAUUAAAAAAUAUAUUUUUAAAUUUAAUAACAUUUCUGCUUUUGCCUUAAUCUGAUGUCUAUGUCACAACCUUAUAUUGCUUUCCAUAAAAUUAUACAAAAUUAUUGAUAAUACCUACUUAUUACUGCCUGGUUUUCUGUCUGUGGGAAUACUUCAAUGUUAUUGGCUGCUUAACUUGCUUGAUGGCGCACUGUUGCUGUAUACAUGAGAUUAUCUUUAGUUGAUGGCAGAAUGAAAUUAACUUCAGGAAAAAAGGUGAAAUCCACCAGUCUGCAGAGAAUUGCUACAAAUUUAAAGAUUUGAACCGAGAUAAAGUGAACCAUAUAGCUGUGAGUCUGGAGUAAUAUUAUGUUAUGUUAAAUGUUUUGUACAAGGGAUAUGGGCAUUGCUGGCAAGGUCAGUAUUUGCUGCUCAUCCCUAAUUGCCCUUGAACAGAGCAUCUUGCUAGGCCAUUGCAGAGGGCAGUUAAGCAUC